AGUGAGGAUGGAAAUUAACGUUAUCAUUGUUCUUUGCUUUGUGGGGAUUGCAAGUGCCCAGAUAACAGGAUGGACUGAGACGAAAUCUGGCGGAGGUGGAGCAACAAUAACGGAUGCGACAGGAUCGAUGACGGUGACUUCCGUAAGAGAGGAUAUUACAGGAACACCGUUGUUUACUGUGACGGCAGCUGCCACAGGCAGCCCGACUAUUACAUACACAUUCAGCUCCGACGGGAACCCUGACACUAUUGCAGAUCCGACCAUCACGGCAGGGGUUGUCAAUAUUGCAUCCGGAAAGGAACUAGAUUAUGAAACAAACAAACAACUGGUUUUUAAGAUUGAGGCGACGGAUGGUUCCAACACAGGCACUGCGACAAUAACACUACCUAUAACUAAUGUUGACGAUGUCUCACCGUCGUUCGGGAAACCGGUAGAAGCUGUUUGCGUCGCCAAUGGGGCCGUUUCAGGAACACGUGUGAUAACCGUGAGGGCUACAGACCCAGACACAACCGCACUGUCAUACUCAAUUACAACUGGAAACAUAAACAGCGAUUUUGUCAUUGCCAACAAUGGAUCAGUGACGGUUGCAAACACGUUGAAUGCCACAGCUAUCCCAGGCUAUAGCCUACAAAUAACUGCGUCCGACACUAUGAAUACAGACGCUAUUCAGUUGCUGAUUAUUUACGUUGGAGACUGUGGUUUUGUUAGAGAUGUUCCGCAGGAGGACAACUUUACUCCCGAGUUGGACAUGGGCUACACACAAAUACAUUUUCAAAACCCGCUUGCUGAGGAGGUAAACCCUAGAAUCAUUAUUUGCCGUAUUCUCCAGAAGUCAGCUUGA